ACCUACCUUUUCUCUCUCACUUCUUUCUUAUUACACCCCACUUUCUCUCUCACCACCUCUCUUUCUGAUCCUUCUCUCUCUACUUUCUUCAAUUUUUUUCUUCACUGUUUCCUCUGAAUUUCAACCUUAUAAUUAGCCAAUACCUUCGCCGCCCAAGUGAACUCUUCUCUGAAUUCCCGGCGAAUUCACAGCUUCACUAGUUCGCCGGAGAAAAUAUCCUACUCUUUUUUACUUUUUUUUGGGCAAAAUCAAUGCGACCCAUAUCUUAGAAUCGCACUGUUAGAUCCUCCCUCGCCGGAAAAUCUUAUCUUUUCUAUUAUUCCGGCGAAUCCAAUACGACCCUGUUUACAGAACAUCACUCCGAGAGCCUCAUUCAACCAAAAAAACCAACUUUUUUGGAUUUUCCGGCGACCCAUUUCAAAGAAACUCACUCUCAGUGCAUUUUACGUAUAUCUUGCUUAAUAACAAUGUCGAUCUUCGAUGGAGCUUUCAUCAACACACAGCUCUCCAAACACACAUCGAUCUUCGGUCUCCGUUUAUGGGUCGUCAUCGGAAUCUUAAUCGGGGUCGCCAUCGUUUUCAUCCUCUUCCUCAUCUCCCUCUGUGUAGUUUCCCGCCGCCGCAACCACCGCCGUACUGGCGACUACAAAAUCACCGGCACCACUCCCGCAAAGGAAAUCCAACAGAUCGUGCACAUUCCCGGUCCCCACAUGCUCCGGCGACCAGCUCCGGCCAAAGUACCGGAGAUCCACGUAGACAUCGGGAGGCAAGAACACAGAGUGGUGGUUAAAUCGGAUAAAGUUUCAAGUGGUGAGAGUAGAGGAACAGCGGGAAGUGGGUGCGAUACGACGUCGUCGUUUGGAAGUGGUAGCGUCGGUGGAAUUGGACCUGAGGUGUCACAUCUUGGUUGGGGAAGAUGGUACACUCUGAGAGAGCUUGAAGAUGCUACUGGUGGGUUGUGUCCAGAAAAUGUUCUUGGUGAAGGUGGCUAUGGAAUUGUUUAUCAUGGAGUACUCACUGAUGGUACUAAAGUUGCUGUCAAAAACCUCUUGAAUAACAAGGGCCAAGCUGAAAAAGAAUUCAAAGUCGAGGUAGAAGCAAUUGGUCGAGUACGUCACAAAAAUCUUGUUAGGUUGCUUGGAUACUGUGUUGAAGGGGCCUACAGGAUGCUUGUGUAUGAAUACGUCAACAAUGGCAAUCUAGAACAGUGGUUGCAUGGAGAUGUUGGACCUGUAAGCCCUUUGACAUGGGAAAUACGCAUGAACGUUAUAUUGGGAACAGCUAGAGGCUUGGCCUAUCUUCACGAGGGUCUUGAACCGAAGGUUGUUCACCGAGAUGUGAAAUCAAGCAACAUCCUCAUUGAUCGUCAAUGGAAUUCCAAGGUUUCUGAUUUCGGGCUUGCCAAGCUUUUGUGUUCUGAGAAUAGUUAUGUCACGACUCGAGUAAUGGGGACAUUUGGUUAUGUUGCACCAGAAUACGCUUGCACUGGAAUGCUGACUGAGAAGAGUGAUGUUUAUAGCUUUGGGAUACUUAUCAUGGAGAUAAUUACUGGGAGAAGUCCCGUUGAUUAUGCUAGACCCCAAGGAGAGGUUAAUUUAAUAGAGUGGUUGAAGACCAUGGUUGGUAAUCGAAAAGCUGAAGAAGUAGUUGAUCCUAAACUACCCGAGUUGCCAUCAUCAAAGGCUCUUAAACGCGCUCUACUAAUCGCUCUUCGAUGUGUUGAUCCAGAUGCAACAAAAAGGCCUAAAAUGGGACAUGUCAUUCACAUGCUCGAGGCAGACGACCUAUUAUUCCACAAUGAUCGCAAAACUGGAGGAGAGUCUUCACGAUCCUCCCUUCACGAUUUUCAACAAGAGCACGAGAACUCGAGUUUGGACAAGAGAACAACAGAUGAAGGAAUCAGUGUUGAAAGUGAGCAUGGUAGUGGUAGAAGUAAUCAUCAACCUACUAGGGAGAGAUGAAAAUAGUGUGAUAAAUUAUAUAGAAUUAUGUAUUUUAGUUUUUUUAUUUAUAUUUAUUAGUUUGCCGUUAUUUAUUUUAAUCUCAAUUUAUAAAAUGAAAUCUGUAUCUGUUUAUUUGUUUUUCUCAUUACACAAAUUUUACCCCUGUUGUAACCAACCCCAAUUUGGGAUUCAUAGUCAAGUGUAUACUGUGAUUUGUUAUUGUAAAAUAAAAAAGUCUAUUAUAAUUA